AUUAAUAAUAAAAAUGGAUUAAGAAAUAUAAUAAUUAGUUGAUAAAACAGUUCGAUGCAUACCAAAUUAUCCUAAACCAGGUAUAAAUUUUAGAGAUAUAUGUCCCUUAUUAAAAAAUAUAGAGGUGUUAAAUAAAGUGAUAGAUUAUUUAGCAGGAAAGAUUAACUUUGAAUUUGAUUAUAUAGCUGGAAUAGAAUCAAGAGGAUUUAUAUUUGGGAUUUUAUUAUCAUAGAAAUUAAAUAAAGGUUUCAUACCAAUUAGAAAGAAGAAUAAAUUGCCAGGAGAAAAGAUAACUUUGGAAUACAAAUUGGAAUAUGGUAGUGAUAUAAUAGAGAUUUAAGCAGAUGCAUUUAAGGCAGGAUCUAGAAUUUUAAUUUGUGAUGAUUUAUUAGGUAAAUAAUAUAUAUAAUAGAAUGAUUAGCUACUGGUGGAACAGCAGUUGCAGCAAAUGAAUUAAUAGAGAAAGCUCAAGGCAUAUCUGUUGGAUAUAUAUUUGUGAUUGAAUUAAAAGAUUUGAAAGGAAGAGAGAGAUUUGAUCCUAAAGUUCCUGUAAUUGUAGCAUUAAGUGAUUGAAGAUGUUAUUAAUAAAUAUAAAUUUA